GUUAGGAUUGCUAUCGGGGAACUCCGCAUUGUGUCGGAUCUAUCAGGGCGCAUUAAUGCCUUCUCUUUUGAUAUAUAAAUCAACCUUUUUUUUUAAUUUUCCGUAGUUUUUCUUUUCUUAACUAAUUAUUCUCAUUCAAAUAUUAUGCUUCGUACAUUAAUUAAACCCCAAAUCCUUAAUUCUGCUGUUAGCGGUCGUCUCUUGAUCCCUGUUCGAACUCUAGCAACUCAAACUUCCGUGAUCCAACAGCAAGCCGAGUCUCGUAAAUAUGAAGUAAUUGAAAACAUGCCUCGCGAUGUAUUCCGUGAAGUGCUGGCUUCUCGCUCUGUUCCAAUGCGUGAAGAGUUCAUGGGCACACAGCGUUUGACCACAGACGAUCUUGAAAGUAUCGAUUUCGGUCCUGGUAAGCAUCACAAUGCAAAGACAUUGGGUGAUAAGGCCGCAUAUCGUACUGUUCGAUUCCUUCGUUUACUCCCAGAUACUUACUUCAAGAGAAACCAUUACAUGCGUGCUGUCAUGCUUGAAACGAUUGCUGCCGUACCUGGUAUGGUGGGUGGCAUGCUACGUCACAUGAAAUCCUUACGAAACCUGACCGAUGACAAUGGCUGGAUUGACCACAUGCUUCAUGAGGCUGCCAAUGAACGUUUCCAUUUAAUGACUUGGAUGAAGUGUUUGGAACCUUCUCGUUGGAACCGAUUACUUAUCCUUGGUGCUCAAGGUGUCUUCUUUAACGCUUAUUUUUGGUUGUACGUCUGUAGUCCUAAAGUCGCGCAUCGAUUCUGUGGCUAUCUCGAAGAAGAAGCUGUCGUCUCUUAUACUCAUUUCUUGACAGAUCUUGAUAAUGGCUAUCUCAAGAACGAGCCAGCGCCUACAUGUGCUAUUGAAUAUUACAACCUUCAACCCAACGCUACUGUGCGGGAUGUCGUACUUGCUGUUCGAGCAGAUGAGGCAGUUCAUCGUGAUGCCAAUCAUUUCUUCGCUGAUCGUAUUGCUAUCCAUCGAGAGAAUAUCCUUGAAGAAGUAAUGAAGAAGCACGAGGAAGAAACUAGACGUGGUAAAGUCCAUGAACCAUCAGCCGCAUAAAUCCUAAAUUAAAAGGCGAUCUUUUAUUUAAUUUGUUUUUCCAAUUCUGUAAAUAAACACCCAAAUAUUCUUUAUAAGUUGCUA